AUGCAGCAUUUGAAGGCUUGUCCUUGGGACAAGAACACUCCCUGGAGGCCUGCGACGUUGCAGUUGGGCAUCACGACCUCUGAGCAACGCCUUCGAUGGUGGUGUUUUUUGUCUCUCUUUGUUGCCAGCUUCCGCGUUGGUGAAGCCUUGCAUCCCGCUCCCAGUGGUGCGUCUGAAGUGUGGUCCUUGGGAAUAGCCAACCCCUCAGGCUUGAAUGGCAAACUGGAUCAAAUCAACCAUCUUGGUGGUGAUGCCUGGAUGCUUUCUGAGACUCAGCUCUCCAGAAAAGGAAUUUCAUCCUUUACCAAGGGCUUGAAGAUGCUGCGUAGCCAAUGGAAAUAUGCAGUAGCAGGUGCGCCCUGUGAAGCUCGAAAGCGCACUGACACAGGUGUCCAUGCUGGAGUGCUUUUCCUGUCACGGCUGCCUGCCCGUGCAUUGCCACACACUUUCUCGGCAGAUGUGUAUGCCACGGCACGUGUCCAAGUGGUUGGGAUGGCAGUAGCUGAUACCUGGGUCACGGUAGGGAUGGUUUAUGGACUUCCAUGCAAUGCCACUCACAAGCAGGCAAGGUUUCAAACAGAUGCCAUUUUGGCAGAAGUGGUGGAUAGGGUAGCAUGCCAAGCCGCAGGUCCCAGGGCCAUAGGUGGGGACUUCAACUAUGGACCUGAUGAACUUGAACAGCUCAAUCGCUUGCGUGCCUUGGGUUUCAGGGAGGUUCAAGAUCUUCGUGCUUGGCGGUUCGGUGUCUCAGCUGAACCCACUGGGAGCUUUGGAUUUCGCCUGAGUUGCAGUGGGCUUACCGGGGUACAAGUGUGGAACAUGAUCACUGGGCCGAUCAUGCUGCUGUCAGUGCAACGUUUGGUCAUGAGGGUUUGCGUGUCACUGUCUCUUCGUGGCAUAAGCCUACUUCUUUCCCGUGGCCGUCAGACUGGGCUUGUCCUGUGGUGGUGGAUUUCGCUGAUGACCCCACUGUACUUCCGUCAGCUGCGGCGGCUUCAGAAUGGACUUCAGCCAACAGUGACUGCUCCACUUCCCCUUUGGUGUCCGAGUUUGGAUUUCCUUCAGGGUCUCUUCCAAGGCUUUCACCAAUACAUGCAACGCUAUGAAGCAUCCCUGAUCAGCCAUCGCUAUCAAUUUGCCAAGCAACGUCGUGUCAAUCACAUGUCCUAUGUGUUCCAGGAUUGUAAAGAGGACCACCUUCCUCAAGCUGAUACCCUUAUUGACCGUGUGGCUGUCGAUGUUGAAGAAACCAGGUCAGAAGACAAUUCCCUUGUCUUGGUGCAUCCUGUUUCCCUCCUGCCUGAUGUUCCGGUGGUUGUGGAUGGUCAUGUAGUUCAGGUGGUUGCCCAUGCGGAAGAUCAGGUUUGGUUGGACACAUUACCUGAUGUGAAGCCAGGCUCUGUGCUCACUCAAGAAAGAGCCCUCGUCACUGAUGAAGCAAUCUUGCAAAGGUUUGCAGCGGUGUGGACUUCCCGACGGGUGAAACAUGCACAUGUCCAGCCUGGACAAUGGGAUCAAAUUUGUGGUUUUUUGGAACGGACCGCACGUCCCUUGACAUGGAAGCAUACACCAUGGACUCUAGAGCGCUUGGACUUGGCUAUCAGGCAAAAAAAGCCACGUGCUGCCAAAGGUCCUGAUGGAGUUUCUCAACCAGACUUGCUUGCCCUUCCGCCGCAGGCCAGGGUAGUUUUGAUGGAAUUCUUUGUGGCAGUUGAGGCAGGGUCGUCAUGGCCGGCUCAACUAGCAUCAGGUUUUGUCACCAGCUUGGCCAAACAUGCCAGUGCCCAAAGUGUGGAUGAAUUCCGACCGGUGGCGGUGUACAGCCUUCCUUAUCGCAUCUGGUCUUCAGAGCGGGCUCGAAAGGCCUUGCAGUCCAUAGCUCGCUUACUUCCUGAAAGCAUCAAAGGUGGUGUCCCACAGCGACAGGCUAAGUCCAUAUGGUUUGAACUGGCUUACACCUUGGAAAAAGCCUACUUGGAUGGACAGGGCUUGCAUGGACUUCUGAUGGAUAUCCAAAAAUGUUUCAAUAACAUCCCACGUCAGCCUUUAUGGUAUGCUCUGAAACUCCUGGGUUUCCCCGUCUCAAUCUUGAGGGCCUGGGUCUCCUUUGUGUCGGGCCAGACACGGCGGUUUCGAGUACGGCAGUCGGUAGGUGAACCCCUUCCCUCCAAUUGUGGACUUCCGGAGGGAUGUGCCUUGUCCGUUUUUGGUAUGGCCAUUGUUGACUGGAUGCUUGAUUGGUGGCUGCAGGGACUGGAUGUUACGGUGGACUUGCGUACCUUUGUGGAUGAUUGGGGGGUUUUGUUCCGGGAUGCCUCUGCCUUGGGAAGGGUUUGGUCUGCCAUGGAACAGUUCACGGGCCACCUGCACUUGGCCAUUGAUAUGAAGAAGGCCCGUCUUUGGUCCACUGAAGCGGAGGCCAGACGUGAAUUCCGUGACUCAUCCAUUGAGGUCACAUUGGCCGCUCGUAACCUUGGUGCUCACCAGAACUUUAGCCGGCACUCCCAUAAUGCUGAGCUGCAGAAGCGCCUUGCACAGAUGCCCCAGGUUUGGAUUCGUCUGAAGGCGAGCCAUGCCAGCUACAAGCAAAAGAUCAUGGUCAUACACAUGAUGGCCUGGCCCAGAGCCUUGCAUGGCAUUACGGUGGUGCACUUGGGGGAGUCACACUUCAAGGUACUUCGCUCUGGUGCUGCUCGGUCUCUGAAGGCUGACAGGAAAGGAGCCAAUCCUUACCUCCAUCUUGCUUCCACACACUUCCAAACAGACCCUGAGGCAUGGGCAAUUUUGCAAACCUUCAGAGAUGUGCGUGAGUUGGGUACCCGUGCUCAGGUGGAACCAACCCUUGGACUCUUUGCUACCUCACUUGACAAGCUCCCCAACAAUGGCCCGUCAGCCAUUUUGUUGUCGCGUCUUCGACGCUUGGGGUGGGGUGUGGGCAGCCAGGGUCUUAUCCAAGAUCGGUUCGGCACUUUCAGUUUGAUGUCCAUUGCUUGGGACGAGCUUUUGCUUCGGUUCAAAUAUGCUUGGGGUCAUGUGCUCUCCACUGAGUUGGCUCAUCGCAAUACCUUUCAUGGACUUGAUAAGGUGGACUUGAGUGAGUUGUAUGGUGCGCUUGCUUCGUUUGGGCCAGUUGAUCAGGUGUUUCUUCGCUGUCAUUUGGAUGGCACCCUCUUUACGCAGAAUGGUCGAGCCAAAUUCAGUGCGGGCGUUACAUCUCAGUGUCCUUGGUGUUCUGCUACGGACGGUUUCCAUCAUCGGGCCUGGAUUUGCCCACACUUUGCUCCCUGCCGUGCCCACCUGACUCAGGAACAGCUUGAUGCUCUUGCGUUGCUCCCUCCGUGCUUGCGUGAUCAUGGUUGGUCUGUCACUGUGGCUGAAUGGGAGGUUUUUGCGGUUUGGCUGCUUCAGGAUGAUGGACUUUGUAGAAUGUCACCAGUGGAACCCUCAGUCCGCAGUCUGCCUCACCUGCUGGAAGUUUUUGUGGAUGGGACGAGUGCUUGUCCGCAUGAGCCUAAACUGCGUUUUGCAGCCUGGGCUGCCACGGUGGUGCCUGGUGGAGUGGGUACAUUGGACAACCAAUUUUUGAUGGGUGGCUAUGUGAAGGGGUUCAGUCAGACUCCAUUUCGUGCUGAACUCACAGCUGUCCUUCAGGUUACAAUUUGGGCAGUUCAACGCCGCCGAGCAAUACGUAUCUGGUGUGACUGUCAGGGUGUGGUUAAAGGCUUCCUUCGGAUCACACGUGGCAGAUCACCCCGCCGCAAUGCUCCACACUCAGGCUUGUGGGGACUGCUCUAUGAGGUUUUGCAAGGGUUUGAGCAUCUGGUGCAGAUCCGGAAGGUUGUUUCCCAUGGCUCUUUGCGAAGCUCGACAGGGCCGUUGGAGGAUUGGGCAUAUUGGCAUAACAAUGUGACAGAUGCUGCAGCUGAAGGGGUGAAUUACCGUCGUCCAUCAGCUUUUUGGCGGGAUUGGGUUAUAUUGAACGGUGCGCUAUCAUUUCACCGGAAGUUGCACCGUGCCAUAUUGCUUGUACUUCUUCAAACCUCGAGGAUGGCGAAUGUGAGGUCAUCUCGACCGGUUGCGAUGCAUGUGGUGCCUCAGGCAGUGAUUGUGGAACCAACCUUGCCAGCUGAGUGGAAGAUACCGGGCUCGCUUGUCAAACGGUAUGGUGCAGACAAUUUGGCUCAGCUGCAUACUUGGUGGACAAGAUGGGGACCAGCAAUGAUGCAGGGUGAUCAGCCAUUGACAUACAUUUCUGGAGUGCAGUUGUUUUUGUCCUUUCAGUUGCACACGGGGUAUGAGGGACCCUGGUGCCAUAACAAGAAGUGGUACAACAGAGCUGAAGAUGCCCCGGUGUCUGCACGCCGACCAUGGGGAGAGAGGGUGAAGCUGUUCCUGCUCUUGUUCAGGAGCUAUCUGAAAGGCAACAAGGUGAUCUUGUCUCAGCGGAUGACGCGGCCUCAUUCGGCGGCAGUUGCCAAAUGGCUUAUCUGCUACCGGCUGCGGUGGCCCACUGAAAUGGUGGACUACAUAGACAGCCAUGUUUUCACCUCGUUGGGGCGCCAAGCCUGCAAUGCGGCGGAUUUGGCUGCACUCCGAGCCACACAGACUGGCUAG